AGAGGUGACCUUCACAGCUCUGGGCUAAUGCCCUACAGAGUGCUAGGGGGCAAAAUCCCUUUCGUACACACACACACACUUCCGUCACUUCCAACCCUCCAUUCCUCGUCUGUGGUGUCUGACUCUAGAUAGAAGCCCUCUGGGACAAUGGCAUCUCACAGAAACUCUAGUUUCCUCCUCAACCUCUCCCACCACCCACGAUGGACACAAGAUCCCUUAAUGAGGGAGAGAAGGAGACAAAGAAGGACAGAGGAUACAAAAACAAUGAACAGUCUGACCCCCGCAUCGUCAUCUGCGGUGCUACGCUCCAGAAGCUCGUGGGGAAACUGGCUGAUGUUGCCCCUGCUGAUGGCCACCUAUCUACCCUGUGAGGCCUGGGGCGCCACUUUCACUGUGGCCAUAAUUGGGCCCUGGACAUGUGACCCUAUGUACUCCAAAGCCCUCCCUGACCUGGCUGCACGCCUGGCCACCGCCCGCCUCAACAUGGACCCCUACACUAAGAAAGGCUACUGGUACGACUAUACUCUCGUCAACGAGGACUGUAAAACAUCCAAUGCCCUGGCCCGCUUCUCCUCUCUGGAAAGCUAUGGCUCGGCUUUCCUCGGCCCUACUAAUCCAGGCUACUGCUCAUCGGCUGCUCUGUUUGCGAAAAACUGGAAUAAGCCCUUUCUGUCCUGGGGUUGCCUGAAACCAAACAUGGAGGAUGGACAGUAUCCCACCUUUCACAGGCCCCUGCCUCUGUCCUCCCGGGUUCUGUUUUCUGUGCUGCGGUACUUCCGCUGGGCCCAUGUGGUCAUCGUGACGUCAGAGGCUGACCUGUGGGAGGCUACAGGACACGAGCUGGCAGCCUCUCUUAUGGCCCUGGGCCUGCCGGUUAUCAAUGUGGUCACCAUGGAGCCGGACAAGGAUGGGCCCACAAAGGCCUUGAAAAGGAUACGGGAGUUAGACCGUGUCAGAGUGGUCAUCAUGUGCAUGCACUCAGCGUUGAUCGGUGGUGAGGCCCAGUAUCAGCUCCUAACCUCUGCCUCAAACAUGCGUAUGAUAGACCGCGGCUAUGUUUUCAUCCCCUACGACACCCUCACAUACUCGCUGCCCAAGGGCACAAACCUUCAUGCUCUGACCAAUGACAGCUUGUUGAGAAAAGCCUACGAUGGAGUUCUCACCAUCACCAUGGAUUCUGGUGAGAACACUUUCUAUGAAAGCUUCAAAGAUGCUCAGGAGAAAUUUGAGAUUCGCACCAGCACUCCACCAGAUCAGGUGUCUCCAUUCUUCGGCACCAUCUACAACAUGAUAUUUUACAUGGCCUAUGCGGUAGAGAAGAGUCGCAUGGUGGCUGGGCGCUGGGUGGAUGGGGAGACCAUGCUCCAGAGCGAUGGAGGGGUUGACUUUGAGGGCUUCAACCAGCACAUCUCAUCCGAUGAAGAUGGGUUGGGGAUGCUGGCUCGCUACGUGGUACUGGACUCUGACGGGGGAGACAAACUCUACAUGACACACACUCUGGAAGCCCCCCAUACCCUUGGCAAAUUUGGGGCGGUCAAGUACAAUGGGCGCUCCAUCCACUUUGCUGGCAGUAGCCCCAGCACAGACUCCCGUUGCUGGUUCAGUCCAUACAUCACCUGCAGUUGGGGAAUGGACGCAGGUACUAUCUUCUUUCUGUUCAUCCUGUUCUGUGGGUUGGUUGGAGGUGGAGCUGCCUUUUAUAUGAAGAGAGGUGGCCAGAUUGGAACUAUUUUUGGAGGAUCAGGGGGAGGAGGAAGGCCCUUAAAAGUAGUCUUGAAUCUGGAUGACCUGAUUUUCAUCAAUACCCAGACCAGCCAAAAGAAGCUGAAUGAGGACAGUAUGGUGAACAGUCAGCUGGACGUGAAGACGCCUCGCCACUCAGUGUCGGGACGAAGCUACUUUGGCUCCACCCCUGACAGUUCCAACGUCGCUGUCUUUGAGGGUGACUGGGUUUGGUUGAAGAAAUGUCCCAAUGGAAACACUGUGUCAAGUGUCAGUGAUGGCACUCAAAGUAUUUUCACCAAGCUCAGGGACAUGCGGAAUGAGAAUCUCAACCUGUUCCUUGGCCUGUUCCUCGACUCUGGUAUCUUUGGUGUUGUGACAGAGCACUGUACCAGGGGCAGCUUGGAAGACCUUCUCAACAACGAGGACAUGCGCCUCGACUGGAUGUUCAAGUCCUCCCUGUUGAUGGAUUUGAUCAGGGGAAUGAAGUACCUGCACAACCGUGAUGUCAUCCAUGGGCGCCUGAAGUCCCGAAACUGUGUGGUGGACGGACGCUUCGUGCUGAAGGUGACUGAGUACGGCUUCAACGAGAUCAUAUCGACCCAGGGCGUCGACUUUGACGAGGGCAGGCCUGAGGAUCAGCUGUGGACAGCUCCAGAGCUACUGAGGGACUCCAGUUUGAUGAAGAGAGGAUCGUUCCCAGGGGACGUUUACAGUUUCGCCAUCAUCAUGCAGGAGGUCAUCGCCCGCUGUGCUCCCUUCUGCAUGCUGGACAUGCCUCCCAAGGAGAUCAUCAGUAAGUUGAAAUCCCCCCCACCACUGUGUCGGCCCACUGUGUCAGUGGAUGAGGCUCCACUAGAGGUGAUCCAGGUCAUGAAACAGGCCUGGAGCGAGGAGCCAGACAAGAGACCCACCUUCGAGGAGAUCUUCAAGCAGUUCAAGAGUAUAACCAAGGGAAAGAAGACCAACAUCAUAGACUCCAUGCUGCGUAUGUUGGAGCAGUACUCCACUAACCUUGAGGACCUGAUCAGGGAGAGGACAGAGGAGCUGGAGGUGGAGAGGAAGAAGACUGAUAACCUGCUGGCCCAGAUGUUGCCCAGGUCUGUGUGCCUGGCCCUGAAAACGGGCAAGCCUGUGAGACCAGAGCACUUCUCUGAGGUCACUCUGUACUUCAGUGACAUUGUGGGCUUCACCACCAUCUCUGCACUCAGCGAGCCCAUUGAGGUGGUAGACUUACUCAAUGAUCUCUACACACUCUUUGAUGCCAUCAUCGGGCAGCAUGAUGUCUACAAGGUGGAGACCAUCGGAGAUGCGUACAUGGUAGCCUCUGGAGUUCCAAACCGGAACGGUAGACGCCACGCAGCAGAGAUGUCCAACAUGUCCCUGGACAUUCUCCACUGUAUUGGAACCUUCAAGAUGAGGCACAUGCCUAACGUCAAGGUCAAGAUUCGUAUCGGCCUGCACUCUGGGCCUGUGGUGGCAGGUGUGGUGGGUCUGACGAUGCCUCGGUACUGUCUGUUCGGGGACACUGUCAACACAGCCUCUCGAAUGGAGUCUACGGGGUUGUCUUACAGAAUCCAUGUCAACCAGAGCACAGUCGAUAUCCUGCAUGAACUAAAAAUGGGCUACAAAGUAGACACCAGGGGCAUGACAGAGCUAAAGGGGAAGGGAGUUGAAAACACUUACUGGUUGGCAGGGAGAGCUGGGUUUGACAAGGUUCUGCCCAUACCGCCUGACCUUACUCCAGGGGCAAGUAACCAUGGCAUCAGUUUGGAGGAGAUUCCUCCAGAUAGAAAACAGAAAUUCCUUGACCGGCAGGCGAGGAAUAAGUAG